CGAAAAUAACGUCGUUGUUGUCUGUCAAGUUAUUAGUUAGGAUUUUUUUUUUAAUCUCCAUUUGUUGUAAUGAAAACGAUUUAAUAAUCGGAAUAAAUACCAAAUUUCAAACAAAAAGGAAAAAAACGCGUACAAAACAAUGUUUUCUUUGUUCAAGCAAACGUAUCCUGCGACAAGUGUGGAACAUGCAAUAUAUUGCCGUUUCUAUGGCGGUCAAGAAAAAAACUUGGUGAUUGCCGGUGCUAACGUAUUGCGAAUAUUCCGGCUCAUUCCAAAUACAGAUGAAAAAAUGUUGAAAAAGGAAAUUUCUGAUGGUCUACCUCCUAAAAUGAAAUUAGAAUGUUUAGCAUCAUACAAUCUAUUUGGGAAAGUCAUGUCCAUUGCAGCCGUCAGUCUUCCAGGAUCAUCUCAAGAUACAAUAUUGAUGAGCUUUGCUCAUGCCAAACUUAGUCUCAUUGAAUAUGAUCCUAUUACUGAUAAUCUUAAAACUUUAUCACUUCAUAACUUUGAAGAUGAAGGCAUUGGAAGCAGCCAUAAAAUACCAGAAAUCCGAGUCGAUCCGGAAGGAAGGUGUGCUGCUUUGUUGAUUUUCCGGAAUACCCUAGCAAUCCUUCCUUUUCGGAAAGAUUCUGCCCAUGACAGCAAUGUCACUCUCUCUUCUUAUAUCAUCAAGCUUACAGAUCUAGAAGAAAGAGUUGAUAAUGUGAUUGAUGUGCAGUUCUUACAUGGCUACUAUGAGCCAACAUUAAUCAUCCUCUAUGAGCCUGUUGGGACAUUCCCAGGACGAAUAGCCGUUCGCCAGGACACUUGUAAUAUGGUGGCCGUGUCGUUAAACACACAACAACGAGUCCAUCCUAUCAUCUGGUCACUGAAUAGUCUUCCAUUCGAUUGUUCUCAGUUAUUGCCAGUCCCUAAACCAUUAGGGGGAGCGUUAAUUGUAGCAGUGAAUUCUAUCAUUUAUGUCAAUCAAAGCGUCCCACCGUACGGGGUGUCUGUCAAUAGCGUUGCAGACCAUUGCACCAGUUUUCCCUUGAAAACGCAAGAAGGCUCAAGGAUAACCCUAGAUUGCGCGCGAGCUGCCUUUCUGCAGUACGAUCGAGUGGUCCUUUCACUGAAAGGGGGCGAAUUGUACGUGCUGACGUUAUUUGCAGAUAGUAUGCGAUCUGUCCGCAAAUUUCACCUGGAGAAGGCUGCCGCCAGCGUCUUGACUACUUGUCUAUGUAUCUGCGAUAGCUACCUGUUUCUCGGCUCUCGGCUCGGCAAUUCUUUACUGUUGGCUUUUCAAACUAAGGAUUACAACCAGCAUCCCACUUCAUUUGCUGCCAAAAAACCAAAAAUGGAACAAUUCAGCUCGCUCUUUGAUCAGGAAUUAGAUCAUUUAGAUGAGGAGGAAAUCGACAAUUACCUUUACGGUGAAGACCACGAGUCGUCUGAUAGUAAAGCAAUUAGCUAUCAAUUUGAAGUUUGUGACAGCCUCCUCAAUAUUGGGCCUUGUGGACAGAUGGCGGUGGGAGAACCUGCAUCAACAUGCACGGAAUUCGAUAAAAGGAGCCCAGAUCCAGACGUUGAAAUCGUCACGACCUCUGGCUAUGGGAAGAAUGGAGCAAUAUGUGUUCUCCAACGUUCAAUAAAACCGCAAGUGGUCACCACUUUUGAGCUCCCAGAAGUCAGCGACAUGUUCACGGUCUUUGCAGCGCGUAAUAAUGAAGAGACACUAAUGCAUACUUAUCUGCUACUUUCACGACCGGAUUCUACGAUGGUUUUACAAACCGGAGAAGAAAUUAAUGAAAUGGACCAGUCAGGAUUUAACGUGACUAGUCCAACUUUAUUGGCAACAAAUCUAGGGAAUAAUCGAUUCAUUGUUCAAGUUUGCCCUACAAGCGUGCGACUGCUUGAUGCAGCUGCCACCGUUGUUCAGGAGUUAGAAAUGGAUUCUGACUUUCUCAUUAGUUCGGCAUCGGUUUCUGAUCCCUACAUUGCCUUGCUAGCUCAAAAUGGUCGAGUCAGUCUAGUCACAUUCGUUGAGGGAUCUAAACUGGAAAUGGCUUUUCCUAUUUCCUCUAAGAAUUCUCCAGUGGUUUGUUUGUGUUUGUACCGUGACAUCAGUGGUUUGUUUAGCACAACCAUACCGGAAAUGGAUUGGUCGGAAUCAACAAAAUUAAACACGGAAAACAAGCCCGUAAGCGCCAAAAGAGAGAUGGAUGAUGAAGAAGACUAUCUGUACGGCGAUACCAACGCUGAACAAAACAGCCACCCUGUAGAGGAAGCUUCUCACACAAAAUUUUCUCCUCAACAGAAAGUAACUGAUUACUUCCGUGAAAUAAAACCCACCUACUGGCUUUCCAUCAUUCGGCAAAAUGGGGCAUUAGAAAUCUUCUCGCUUAAUGGAAAAUUUGUGCUGGAUUCCUUUCGUGCCGGCCACGUUCAUCUAGGCCAUCGACUUCUUGUAAAUGCCCUGUACGACGAAAUGUCUGCCGCUUCCUCAAUUCGUUGCAACAUUGUCGAAAUGGGUAUCUUUGGUUUGGGACACCUCCAUAGGCGACCAUUAUUGGUAAUGAGGACUUCAGAUUUUGGCGUUUUGCUUUAUGAAGCCAUACCUUCAUUACCAGCUUACGAAAGCAAACAAAAAAAUGAACUUAAACUUCGAUUCAGGAAACUGAAUCAUAGUCUCCUUCUGAGGGAAACAAAAACAUAUGUUCGAAAAGGUGGGCAAUCAGUGGUGUUAGAACCUUAUUCAUGGAAAACUAAUCAAUUCAAAUAUUUUCAAAAUAUUGCCGGUUAUUCCGGGGUUUUUAUCGGUGGCCCCUAUCCGCACUGGUUAUUUAUGACUUCACGUGGCGAAUUGCGUUUACAUCCCAUGAGUAUCGAUGGCCCAGUAAAGUGCUUCGCGUGUUUCCACAAUGUUAAUUGUUCUCAAGGGUUUAUCUACCUGAAUCGCAAAGAUGAAUUAAGGAUAUGUCUUUUACCAACUUUGUUUAAUUAUGACGCGCCUUGGCCCGUCCGUAAAGUGCCACUUCGUUGCACUCCACAUUACCUGAUUUAUCAUGUUGAAACAAAAACUUAUAUAUUAGCUACAAGCCUGGCUGAACCGACAAAUAGGAUUUAUAGGUUCAACGGAGAUGAUAAAGAACUAAGUUUAGAAGAAAGAGAUGAUCGCUUCCCCUACCCACAUGUAGAAAAGUUUGCCAUCCAGCUAAUUUCACCCGUAACUUGGGAAGCAGUUCCGAACACCCGUAUGGACUUAGAUGACUGGGAGCACGUUACCUGUCUGAAGACUGUUAGUCUAGAAUACGAGGGUCACGCUUCCGGUUUGAAAGAUUAUUUAGCUGUUAGCACAAAUUACAACUAUGGAGAGGACAUCAUUAGCCGUGGUCGAAUCUUCAUUCUUGAUUUGAUCGAGGUCGUUCCAGAGCCCGGACAGCCCUUAACCAAGAACAAGAUCAAGACACUCUAUGCUAAAGACCAGAAAGGCCCCGUUGCUGCCAUAAGCAGUGUUUGCGGUUACCUUGUGGCUGCAAUCGGACAAAAAAUUUAUCUAUGGCAACUCAAAAAUGAUGAUCUGGUCGGAAUAGCGUUCAUCGACACGGAAAUUUACAUUCACCAGUUACUCAAUAUCAAAAGUUUCAUCUUGGCGGCGGAUGUGUAUAAAAGCGUUUCGGUACUGCGUUUCCAGGAAGAAUACCGAACGCUGUGCAUUGUAGCGCGUGACUAUCAGCCCUUGGAAGUCAUGACCGUCGACUAUUACAUCGAUAACACACAACUUGGCUUCCUGGUUAGCGACGCAGAGCAGAAUUUGAUUCUUUACAUGUACCAACCGGAAGCACGAGAGAGUCAUGGGGGACAUCGGCUCAUCCGCAAAGCAGAUUUCCAUGUGGGUCAAGUAGUCUCAACGAUGUUCCGAAUCAAGUGCAAAGUCAGUGAUCCUACGACCGAAAAGCGCUUCCCUCCUCUUAUCGAGAAACGGCAAAUGAUUGGAUUUGGGACUCUUGAUGGUGGAUUAGGAUAUGUACUGCCUAUUCCAGAAAAAACUUACCGCCGCUUGCAAAUGCUUCACAAUGUUCUUCAUACAACCAUGACUCACGCCGGGGGAUUGAAUCCUAAGGCCCAUCGAGCUUAUCAAAGCAAGAAUAAGAGCUUGGUUAACAGCACGAAAUCAAUUGUUGACGGUGAACUCGUCUUCAGUUUCCUUACACUUCCACAAGAAGAACAAAUUGAAGUAGCAAGAAAAAUUGGGACUAAAGUUGAAGAAUUAAUAGACGAUUUCAUUGAAAUUGAUCGGUACACGGCACAUUUUUGAAUAGGAACUCGCAUUCAAUACACGAUCGUUCAUCGAUAA